AUGUCUGUUCCACCUCCGCCUCCAGGAUGGAGCGCUCCUCCAUUACCGCCACCAGGCGCGCCAUCAGGGAUGUCUCUCGGCCCCCCACCGCCUGGAUACCGUCCCGUCGUUGACCCGCAUGUCGCCAAGUUUGCGCAGAAGAAGAAGGAAUGGUUACGGUCACAGCGGCAGCGCUUUGGCGAGAAGCGGAAAGGCGGCUUCGUAGAGACGCAAAAGGCUGACAUGCCACCCGAGCAUCUGCGCAAAAUCGUCAAGGAUAUUGGGGACGUGAGCCAGAAGAAGUUCUCGAGCGACAAGCGAAGUUAUCUGGGAGCGUUAAAGUUCAUGCCGCACGCGGUACUGAAGCUGCUGGAGAACAUGCCGAUGCCUUGGGAGAGCGCGCGAGAGGUCAAGGUGCUGUACCACGUGAACGGCUGCCUGACGCUCGUCAACGAGAUUCCACGAGUUAUCGAGCCAGUGUUCCACGCGCAGUGGGCGACCAUGUGGGUAUGCAUGAGGAGGGAAAAGAGCGACCGAAGGCAUUUCAAGAGGAUGAGGUUCCCGCCGUUCGAUGACGAGGAGCCGCCACUCAGCUGGUCAGAGAACAUCGAGGACGUGGAUCCUCUAGAGCCGAUACAAAUGGAGCUUGACGAGGAGGAAGAUCGGGCAGUGAUCGAUUGGUUUUAUGACCACCGCCCUUUGAUCGACACGCCUCAUGUUAAUGGGCCGAGCUACAAGACUUGGAAUCUCAAUUUGCCGCAGAUGGCUACUCUGUACAGGCUGAGCCAGCAGCUGCUCAGUGAUGUGGUAGACAAAAACUACUUCCACAUGUUCGACCAGAAUAGCUUCCUCACCGCCAAAGCGCUUAACGUUGCGAUACCCGGCGGUCCCCGAUUUGAGCCCCUCUACAAGGACGUGGAUCCGAAUGAUGAGGACUUUGGCGAGUUCAAUGCCAUCGACCGUAUCAUCUUCCGCGCGCCCAUCCGGACCGAAUACCGCGUCUCAUUCCCAUACUUGUACAAUUCCCUGCCGCGAAGCGUAAAGCUUUCGUGGUAUUCGUACCCUCAGAUCGUUUACGUCAAGACGGAAGAUCCGAGUUUGCCGGCUUUCUACUUCGACCCAGUUAUCAACCCAAUCUCUUCACGAUCUGUUGCGCCAAAGAACCUCACGAUCAGUCAUGAAGACGAAGUCUUCGGACACGGCAACAAUGAGGAUGACGACUUUGAGCUUCCGGGAUACGUCGAGCCCUUCUUGGCGGACGAGGAGCUUUAUACUAGCGAGACUUCUUCAGCAAUUGCUCUCUGGUGGGCACCGUAUCCAUUUGACCGCCGGUCAGGUCGGAUGGUACGAGCGCAGGAUGUUCCACUGGUCAAACAGUGGUAUCUUGAACAUGUGCCACAAGGUCAGCCCGUCAAGGUUCGAGUGUCAUACCAGAAGCUUCUCAAGUCUUACGUUCUCAACGAACUGCACAAGAAGCCUCCGAAGGCGCAGAACAAGCAGAACCUGAUGCGCUCGCUAAAGUCCACGAAGUUCUUCCAGCAGACCACCAUUGAUUGGGUCGAAGCGGGUCUUCAAGUCUGCCGGCAAGGCUUCAAUAUGCUAAACCUUCUUAUCCAUCGCAAAAACUUGACCUACCUUCAUCUGGACUACAACUUCAACCUGAAACCUAUCAAGACUCUCACCACUAAGGAGCGCAAAAAGUCGCGGUUCGGCAACGCCUUCCAUUUGAUGCGAGAGAUCCUACGCUUGACGAAGCUAAUUGUCGACGCUCAAGUCCAGUACCGUCUCGGGAACAUCGACGCCUUCCAACUUGCCGACGGCAUCCUCUACGCUUUCAACCAUGUUGGCCAGCUGACUGGUAUGUACCGGUACAAGUACAAGCUCAUGCAUCAGAUCCGCUCUUGCAAGGAUCUGAAGCAUCUCAUCUAUUACCGUUUCAACUCCGGUCCGGUCGGCAAAGGUCCAGGCUGUGGCUUCUGGGCGCCGGCCUGGAGGGUUUGGCUGUUCUUCAUGAGGGGCAUCAUCCCCCUCUUGGAGCGCUGGUUGGGCAAUCUGCUAUCAAGGCAAUUCGAGGGACGUCACAGCAAGGGCGUUGCCAAGACUGUCACGAAGCAGCGUGUCGAGUCUCACUUCGAUCUGGAGCUCCGUGCUUCCGUCAUGGCCGACUUGAUGGACAUGAUGCCGGAAGGGAUCAAGCAGAACAAGGUCAACACCGUCCUUCAGCAUUUGUCCGAAGCGUGGCGAUGCUGGAAGAGCAAUAUUCCCUGGAAAGUGCCUGGCCUGCCUGCGCCCAUUGAGAACAUCAUCCUCCGAUACGUUAAGAGCAAGGCUGAUUGGUGGAUCUCGGUUGCGCAUUACAAUCGAGAGCGUAUCCGGCGGGGUGCGACCGUUGACAAGACCGUGGCGAAGAAGAACCUGGGUCGUCUGACGAGAUUGUGGCUGAAGGCUGAACAGGAGAGGCAGCACAACUACAUGAAGGAUGGUCCUUACGUAUCUUCUGAGGAGGCCGUUGCCAUAUACACGACCACUGUCCACUGGCUUGAGUCCAGAAAGUUCCAGCCUAUCCCCUUCCCCAGCGUCUCGUACAAGCACGACACGAAGAUCCUGAUCCUUGCUCUUGAGCGUCUGCGAGAGGCUUACUCGGUCAAGGGCCGUCUUAACCAAAGUCAGAGAGAAGAACUUGCCCUCAUUGAGCAGGCGUACGACUCUCCGGGCACAACUCUUGCCAGGAUCAAGCGCUUCUUGCUCACCCAGCGCGCCUUCAAGGAAGUCGGAAUCGAUAUGAACGACAAUUAUAGCAGCAUCAACCCUGUCUACGACAUUGAGCCUAUUGAGAAAAUUACGGACGCGUACCUGGACCAGUAUCUUUGGUACCAAGCUGAUCAACGCCACCUUUUCCCCGCUUGGAUCAAGCCUUCUGAUUCAGAAGUUCCGCCGCUGCUUGUCUACAAGUGGGCCCAAGGCAUCAACAACCUUGGCAAGGUCUGGGAAUAUCAAGAUGGUGAAUGCAACGUCAUGAUUGAGACCCAGCUUUCUAAGGUGUACGAAAAGAUUGACCUCACCCUGCUCAACCGUCUUCUUCGACUCAUCAUGGAUCACAACUUGGCGGACUACAUUUCCUCGAAGAACAACGUCUCGCUCAACUACAAGGACAUGAACCACACUAACAGCUAUGGUAUGAUUCGUGGUCUGCAGUUCUCCGCCUUCGUGUUCCAGUACUAUGGGCUGGUUAUCGAUCUGCUACUGCUCGGCUUGCAGCGCGCAAGCGAAAUCGCAGGACCGCCCCAGAGUCCGAACGACUUCUUGCAAUUCAGAGACCGCGCAACCGAGACGAGGCAUCCAAUCCGCCUGUACACAAGGUACAUCGACCGCAUCUGGGUCUUCUUCAGAUUUACAGCAGAUGAAUCAAGAGACCUGAUUCAGCGCUUCCUGACUGAACAACCUGAUCCCAACUUCGAAAACGUCAUUGGGUAUAGGAACAAGAAGUGUUGGCCGCGGGACUCGAGGAUGAGGCUUAUGCGGCACGACGUUAACCUUGGACGUGCAGUUUUCUGGGACCUUAAGAAUAGGCUGCCAAGGUCUGUGACGACCAUCGAGUGGGACGACACCUUUGCGAGCGUUUACAGCAGGGAUAACCCCAACCUGCUCUUCUCGAUGUGCGGCUUCGAAGUGCGCAUCCUGCCUAAGAUCCGCAACCUCAGCGACGAGUUUCCGGUCAAAGACAGUGUCUGGUCGCUGGUCGACAACACGACUAAGGAGCGUACGGCGCAUGCAUUCUUGCAAGUCACCGAAGAGGACAUUCAGAAGUUUAACAACCGCAUUAGGCAAAUUCUGAUGUCGUCCGGUUCAACCACCUUCACGAAGAUCGCCAACAAGUGGAACACUAGCUUGAUCGCCUUGUUCACUUACUAUCGCGAAGCCGCCGUAUCCACUGUCAACCUCCUCGAUACCAUUGUUAAAUGCGAGACGAAGAUUCAGACUCGUGUCAAGAUCGGCUUGAACUCCAAGAUGCCUUCCCGCUUCCCGCCUGCAGUCUUCUAUACGCCCAAGGAACUGGGUGGAUUGGGCAUGAUCUCUGGCUCGCACAUUCUAAUUCCAGCAAGUGACAAGCGCUGGUCAAAGCAGACGGACACCGGCGUCACUCACUACCGGGCUGGUAUGUCGCACGAUGAGGAGACACUGAUUCCCAACAUCUUCCGCUACAUCAUCCCGUGGGAAGCUGAGUUCAUUGACUCCCAGCGUGUAUGGACCGAGUACUCGCAGAAGCGUGCGGAGGCCAAUCAGCAGAAUCGCCGAUUGACCCUUGAAGAUCUUGAAGACAGCUGGGAUCGUGGUCUUCCUCGGAUCAACACUUUGUUCCAGAAGGACCGCAGUACCCUGAGCUUCGACAAGGGCUUCCGGGCCAGGACUGAGUUCAAGGUCUACCAGCACAUGAAGAGCAAUCCAUUCUGGUGGACAAGCCAGAGGCACGAUGGCAAGCUAUGGAACCUCAACGCGUACCGUACCGAUGUCAUCCAGGCUCUGGGUGGUGUCGAGACUAUCCUCGAGCAUACACUUUUCAAAGCUACUGCGUUCCCCUCCUGGGAGGGUCUCUUCUGGGAAAAAGCUAGCGGCUUUGAGGAGUCAAUGAAGUUCAAGAAGCUCACCAACGCCCAGCGCUCUGGUCUCAAUCAGAUCCCCAACCGUAGAUUCACGCUCUGGUGGUCGCCGACCAUCAAUCGUGCCAACGUCUACGUUGGUUUUCAAGUCCAGCUAGAUUUGACGGGUAUCUUCCUCCACGGUAAGAUUCCGACGUUGAAGAUCUCACUCAUCCAGAUCUUCCGUGCCCAUUUAUGGCAGAAGAUCCACGAGUCAGUCGUCAUGGAUUUGUGCCAGGUCUUUGAUCAAGAGCUCGAGGCACUCGGCAUCGAGACGGUGCAGAAGGAGACAAUCCAUCCUAGGAAGUCGUACAAGAUGAACAGCUCCUGCGCUGAUAUCUUGCUGUUCGCAAGCCACAAGUGGAGCGUUUCGCCGCCGUCGCUACUCUACGACACCAAGGAUCAGAUGGGUUCGACAACCACCAACAAGUUCUGGAUCGAUGUGCAGCUGAGAUAUGGCGACUACGAUUCUCACGAUAUUGAGAGAUACGUGAGGGCGAAGUACCUCGACUACACCACCGAUAGCAUGAGCAUCUAUCCCUCCGCAACUGGCCUUAUGAUCGGCAUUGAUCUCGCGUACAACCUGUACUCCGCCUACGGCCAAUACUUCCCGGGUCUCAAGCAGCUCGUACAGCAAGCCAUGGCUAAGAUCAUGAAGGCCAAUCCAGCCCUUUAUGUCUUGCGCGAGCGUAUCCGAAAGGGUCUCCAGCUGUAUGCUUCGGAAAGCAAUCAAGAGUUCUUAAAUUCGCAGAACUACUCCGAGCUCUUCAGCAACCAGAUCCAGCUUUUCAUUGACGACACUAAUGUCUACCGCGUCACGAUCCACAAGACAUUCGAAGGCAACUUGACGACCAAGCCUAUCAACGGUGCUAUCUUCAUCUUCAACCCGAGGACUGGACAGCUCUUCUUGAAGAUCAUCCACACUAGCGUUUGGGCGGGUCAGAAGCGGUUGGGUCAACUGGCGAAGUGGAAGACUGCUGAGGAAGUUGCGGCGCUGAUUCGGUCACUGCCGGUGGAAGAACAGCCAAAACAACUCAUCGUCACCCGCAAGGGUCUGCUCGAUCCUCUCGAGGUGCAUCUGCUCGACUUCCCGAACAUCUCCAUCCGCGCUUCAGAGCUGCAGCUACCAUUCCAGGCAGCGAUGAAGGUCGAGAAACUGGGUGACAUGAUUCUUAGAGCAACUGAGCCGCAAAUGGUGCUCUUCAAUCUGUACGAUGAAUGGCUGAAGACGAUAUCUUCUUAUACGGCGUUCUCGCGUCUCAUUCUGAUACUGCGCGCUCUGCACGUCAACCAGGACAAGACCAAGCUCUUGCUCCGUCCAGACAAGACUGUCAUCACACAGGAGCACCACAUCUGGCCCACGUUGUCGGAUGAGGAUUGGAUCAAAGUCGAAGUACAGCUGAGAGAUCUGAUCUUGAAUGACUACGGCAAGAAGAACAAUGUCAACACAUCGUCUCUUACCAGCUCCGAAGUGCGCGACAUCAUCUUGGGCAUGGAAAUCUCAGCUCCAUCUAUGCAGAGACAACAGGCCGCUGAGAUUGAGAAGCAACAACAAGAGCAGGCACAACUGACGGCUGUCACAACAAAGACGCAGAACGUCCACGGCGAGGAGAUCAUUGUCACCACUACCAGCCAGUACGAGCAGGCAGCCUUCGCGUCGAAGACCGAAUGGAGGACCCGUGCUAUCGCAGCCAGUAACCUCCGCACCCGUGCCAACAACAUCUACAUCUCGUCGGAAGACAUCAAAGAAGACGACCACUUCACCUACGUCAUGCCCAAGAAUAUCCUGAAGCGCUUCAUCAUGAUCGCCGACCUACGCGUCCAGGUCGCCGGCUACCUGUACGGCAGCUCCCCACCCGACAACGCUCAAGUCAAAGAAAUCAAGACCAUAGUCAUGAUCCCACAAGUCGGGUCCACGCGCGACGUCCAGCUCCCGCACCAACUGCCCCAGCACGAGUACCUCAACGGCCUUGAGCCCCUCGGCUUCAUCCACACCGUCAGCGGCAACGAAGGCCACUACAUGACCGCCGCCGACGUGACGCAGCACGCGCGCCUGAUGCACAGGCACUCCAGCUGGGACAAGAAAACAGUCACCAUGACCGUCUCUUUCACGCCCGGCAGCGUCUCGCUCGCCGCCUGGGCCCUCACGCCCGCGGGCUACACCUGGGGCGUCGAGAACAAGGACCUUUCGUCCGACCAGCCGCAGGGCUUCAGCACGGCGUUUGGCGAGAAGUGCCAGCUGCUGCUGUCAGAUAGGGUCAGGGGCUACUUCUUGGUGCCGGAUACGGGGGUGUGGAACUACAGCUUCAUGGGGAGUAGUUUUGGUGCGGUAGAGAAGAGGAGGGUCGAUGUGAAGAUUGAUACCCCGAAGGUGUUUUAUGAUGAGAGUCAUCGGCCGCUGCAUUUUGUUAAUUUUGCGGAGCUCGAGGAUGUGUGGGUUGAUCGGCAGGAUAACUUUGAGUAG